AUGUCUGCAAGCACAAACCAGUCCCAUGCCACUGGCCAAUCCGUCGUUCCCGACAAGGCCCAGGAGAAGGUCCCAAAGGGACUCGAGGAGACCCUUCCUAACAACGUCCACGACACUGGCUCCCAAGGUCGUCAAUCUCACGCUACCGGGGACAGCAUAGUACCAGAAAAGCUUCAAGAGGUCCUCCCAGAGUCUGUCGAGCGCGCUGUUCCGAAUGCAAUUCACGACACUUCCAAGCUCCCACCAAAGAAAUAG